CAUCUAAUUAUUUCACUAAUUGCGAGCGCGUAAAUUCACCCACGCGCGCAGUUAUGGUAAGAGGGGUACGAUUGAGGAUACGAGUUCGACUGUGAGUCGUGUAUGCAUCAGUUUUCACGCGUGUGUACACACGAAACAGCGUCGCCGACUCGGUUCAAUAGUUUUCGGGCCAACCGAAGCGAAAUUUACAAUUAAUUAAUUCGACACACAAACGUUCGCGGAGUGAACCGGUUAAAAGUGAAAAUUGAUUACCACAUUGAUUAGAUAUUCUUCAAAAUGUUAUUCUUAUUAUUCACGGCAUGUCUCAUUGCCGUGACUCACGCCGGAUGUCCUAUACGACCGACGGUAGGACAAACUUCCGCAAAUAGGACUCAAGGCGAUGGUGGUUACAGAAUUCUUAUCAGCGGACAGACAAACGAAUACUUUCCCAAUGCAAUACAUACAAUCAGUCUGCAAGGCUCGCGGACGCACGAGAGACUGCAACAAUUUACACGGUUUACGUUGACAGUUCAUUCUCAGCACGCGCCAAGUAGUCCUUCGGCGAACGUCGGUUAUUUCCAACUGUUCUCAGAUUCCUUGACUACCUUUGACGAGGAUUGCAUUAACACAAUCUCCGAAUUGACUGAUUAUCCGAAAUCGGAAAUUCAGGUGAUGUGGCGAGCGCCACCGACUGGUUCCGGAUGCGUCAUCUUUACUGCGAUGAUUUUGGAGAACAACGUACGAUGGUACGCUGAGGAUGGUGCUCUUUCUAAGAUCAUUUGCGAAUCGAACAGCCAUGAGUUAGACACAAAAUCUGAAAAUUCAGAUGAUACUAGAUGUUGUGCCUGCGAUGAAGCCAAGUAUUCGCUAACUAUGGAGGGCAUCUGGUCGAACAGAACGCACCCGAAAGAUUUCCCCUUUUCCGCCUGGCUGACCCAUUUCAGCGACUUGAUCGGCGCAUCUCACGAGCCAAAUUUCUCCUUCUGGGGCAGAGAUCACAUCGCAACGGAUGGUUUUCGACAAUUGGCCGAGUGGGGCUCUGCGACGGGCGUUGAAGCAGAAUUAAGAGAUAAAUCUAGACACCUCAGAACUCUUAUUAAGGCUGCCGGUCUUUGGUACCCUAAUGUCAAUACCAAUACGACGACAAGUUUUAGGGUGGACCGAAGACAUAAUCUUCUCUCGGUGGCCUCCAUGCUGGGUCCGUCUCCCGAUUGGGUGGUAGGAGUGAGCAAAUUGAAUCUUUGUCAGAAGGAUUGCACAUGGACAAGGAGCAUGAUAAUCGAUCUUUAUCCCUGGGAUGCCGGCACCGACAAUGGCAUUAGUUACAUGUCACCGAAUUCCGAGACGAAACCACGCGAGAAGAUGAAGCCGAUAACAACGCUCUAUCCGGAAGACCCGCGAUCUCCGUUUUACGACCCGUCUGGCAGACCGAUGCAUCCCUUGGCUCGACUGUACUUAAAUCGAGAGAAGAUCAUCUCGCGCGGGUGUAGCGAGGAACUCUUGCAGCAGCAAGUGGCUGAAUUAGAAGUGGCCGAGAACACCGAAGACACAUCGAGAACCGAGUGUCAAACGACGGAUUACUCGCCGUGGUCCUCGUGUUCGGUGACCUGCGGCAAAGGUCUAAGGAUGCGCACGAGGUCGUACCGAAUGCCGGAAAAAGCCGCAAUGUUCAAUUGCAACAGACAGCUGGUUUCGAAGGAGAUGUGCGUCGCGUCUAUUGCAGAGUGUUCAGGUGAAGAAGAAAAUGACGACGACGUGAUUUCCUCGCGGAGCAGCGACCCAGUUUGCGAGACCACCGAGUGGAGCGAAUGGUCCGAGUGUUCCAACACGUGCGGAAUAGGGGUGAAAAUGCGCACGAGGAGAUUCCGCGAUCGUCGUGGCCGUAAACGAUGCCCGCUCGUGUCGCUCGUCGAGAAGGAGAAGUGUAUGGAGCCACCUUGCCAGACGGGAACGGAAGAGCAGCUCGAUCCUGUCUGCAGAGUUUCCGACUGGACUGACUGGUCGCCGUGUAGCGCUUCCUGCGGAAAGGGUGUAAAAAUGCGGACCAGAUUGCUGAUAGUCGAUCCGUCUCUGCAGGCGGAAUGUUCCUCGCGCGUGGAAUUGAUUCAGCAACGACCUUGCCUCGUCCAAUCGGACUGUACGUUUGAUAUGGCAACGGCAAAAGUCGUGUGCAUGGAGGAGGCAGAUCCUGGCCCGUGCAGGGGCUACUUCCAAAGAUGGGCCUUCAACCCGCGGAAAUUGAUGUGCGCGCCCUUCGUGUACGGCGGAUGUCGCGGAAAUCGAAAUAAUUUCUUAACCACGGACGAGUGCAACAACACGUGUGGCGUUGUACGAACUGCUCUUACCGACCAGACCCUUAACGGGAGCGCAAACCAAGAUCAAGUACCCAGCGAAACGCUGAAUCCACCACCUCUCGCCCUUCCUGUAGAUUGCGUGGUGACGCGCUGGUCAAAUUGGUCACCCUGUAGUGUCACUUGCGGCGUCGGUCGUGCAACGAGUUAUCGUGUCAUCGAGCGACAAGCUGCAAAUGGCGGUCGUCCUUGCCCGAAGAAAUUGCAUCGCCGUUAUCGCUGCGAGCUCGCACCUUGUGAAGAAUUAUGAGUUAAGAAGAAACUACUCCAUACACUCGAUGGCAUUUAAUUUAGAAUAUAGAUAUUUUAAGGAUUAAGUAUAAAGAAGAAAAUCUAUAUAUAUGGAAAGAGAUAUAAUUUUAAUUAUAUUCUAUAAAGAGAUAAAUCUCUCUGUAAAUCUCUUUUAAAUCUUAAAACGUAAAUCAUAUACAUAUAAUAUGAAUGGAUCAUUGUGCCUUGUCUUUACAAUUUGAUUAUUUCAGGUUUUCCCAUUUUCGUGACACCUUUUCACAACUAUACAGUAAAGAAAUAUAAUUUGAUUUUAAAAAAUUAAAUUAUUUAGAUCAUUAAAUCUCUUUUAUCGAUUAUGGCGUGUAUCAAGACUGAAAUAUCGUUUUUAACAAUAUUAUACAAUCUAAUGAUUCACGUUGAACAUUCCAGAAUUAAUAUUAAUCAACGCUUUUAUAGAAGAUCGAUGUUACAUUACUACGUUACGGUUCCCAUUACUGCGGAUUACGGUGCACUGCCUGUUUUUAAAUUAAUCGUGUAAUUAAGCAUUAUACUGCGUUUUAUAUUCACUAUAAAAUGUCGGGUGCAAAAUAAACGAAUUAUCAGAAUAAAUGAUAUUUUAUUAAUGGUCA